AUGGCCCGGCGGCGGCGCCGCGCCUGCAUCGCGCUGUUCCUGGUGCUGCUUUUCGCCUUCGGCACCCUCAUGGGCCUGCGCACGCUCAAGGCUCCGGACGGACUCCCAGCGCUGGGCCCGGGCCUGGAGCUGGCGCCCUUUGAGCGGCGGCCGGAGGGGGCCCCGGCGCCCGCCGCCCGGGCCCCUGCCGCACCUGCCGCGCCGCCGCCGCCGCCACCUCCGCCACGCACCGCGGAGCCGGGCAGCCCCCCGGGGCCGGCACCCGCGGAGGCCGAGCCCGCCCCCGGGCGGAGUCUACGCGUGUACUCGGACCUACACGCCUUCUACUACUCGUGGUACGGCAGCCCGCGGCGCGAGGGCCGCUACAUCCACUGGGACCACGUCAUGGUGCCGCACUGGGACCCCAAAAUCUCAGCCAGCUACCCUCGCGGCCGCCACAGCCCCCCGGACGACCUGGGCUCCAGCUUCUACCCGGAGUUGGGGCCCUAUAGCUCCCGGGACCCCGACGUGCUGCGGGAGCACAUGACCCAGCUCCAGGAGGCCGGCAUCGGCGUCCUGGUCCUGUCCUGGUACCCACCUGGCAUGGCUGAUGAUAACGGAGAACCCUCGGAUGACCUGGUGCCUGCCAUUCUGGACACCGCCCAUCAGUACAACAUCCAGGUGGCCUUCCACAUCCAACCCUACAAAGGCCGGGAUGACAUCACUGUGCAUGACAACAUCAAGUACAUCAUUGACACGUACGGCUCCCAUGGUGCAUUUUACCGCUACAAGAACAGCAUGGGCAAGAGCCUCCCCCUCUUCUAUAUCUACGAUUCCUACCUGACGUCCCCGGAGGCCUGGGCCCACCUCCUGACACCACAGGGACCCCACUCAAUCCGCAACACGCCCUACGACGGGGUCUUCAUAGCGCUGCUCGUGGAGGAGGGCCACACCCACGACAUCCUCGCCGCAGGAUUUGAUGGCAUGUACACCUACUUUGCCUCCAACGGUUUCUCCUUUGGCUCCUCCCAUCAGAACUGGAAGGCCGUGAAGAACUUUUGUGACGCUAACAACCUCAUGUUCAUCCCCAGCGUGGGGCCUGGCUAUAUUGACACCAGCAUCCGGCCCUGGAACAACCACAAUACACGGAACAGGGUCAAUGGCAAGUACUACGAGACGGCCCUGCAGGCGGCCCUGACCGUGAGGCCCGAGAUCGUCUCCAUCACCUCCUUCAACGAGUGGCACGAGGGCACCCAGAUUGAGAAGGCCAUUCCCAAGAAGACGCCGACUCGCCUGUAUUUGGACUACCUGCCUCAUCAGCCCAGCCUCUACCUGGAGCUGACCCGCCGCUGGGCGGAGCACUUUGUCAAGGAAAAGGAGCAGUGGCUGAUGUGAGGCCUGUGAACCCGGGGCGCACGGUGCUGACCUCCUGGCUUCACUGAAGGUGUCACCACGUGGGGCACUGCUGAGGUUGUGGGUGCUCACUGGUCUCCGCAGCUGGGUGCCUCUGGGUGGGCCACCAAGCCUGGGCCCAUGUCUAACAGAGCCUGUUCCUCAGGCAAGUGGUGCUGGGGCGCUCUGCAGUGAGAGGAGGCUGGCAGGUGACCACGUAACCCGGGCACUCCGUGGCCUCAGAGCCUUUUCAUGUGACCCUCCCAGUUUAGAACUCUGCAGCAGGUUGGUGUCGUGGAGCGGAGUGACCCAGGCAGUGCUGUCGGAAAGGUGUGGGCCCUGGGCGAGCACAUACCCUGCCCCUUCUGCCAGUCUGUGUCCUUUCUUCUCAAGUAUCUUCUCUAAAUUAGGGAACCUGAGACUCUGUCAAGGGAGUUUCUGGGUUUAAGCUCCUGAACUCAAUUACCAGGAAAUAAUCCUGCACACUGACACAUUCACUCAACACCCACUGAGCACCUUCCUAUGUGCUAGGUGCUGGAGAAAACCUGAGCAAGGAACAGUUCCUGUCCUGAAGCUUACAGGAUCCAGCUUCCCUCUUUGGUGUGGCCUUGUAGCUAGUGCCUGGGUAUGGGCAGAAGUUUUUUAUUUGGUUGGUUUUGGUUUUUUUGCAGCUUUACCCAGUGCUGGAGUUGAGUUCUUUUUCCUCUAAGAAAAUACCUCUGCACUCCAGAGCCGACUUUUCCUAGAUGAACACUGAGCUGCAGGGAGAGGACCCAGACACCCCUCCCCAUAGAUUCCUGAACAGAACGAGGCCCACUCACUAGAGCCGUUUUCAGUGCUACUGUGAUUCGUAUUAAUUAAAUAUGACGUGGUAUUCUCCAGUAAACAUUCCUUUUGCUCUUGAGACCUCAUGAUUUCUGACCAGAUUCUGUGACAAAUGGACAAGUCGACUGGACCAGAUAUAGUUUUGGCACAAUCAAGAGUGGGUUUGCUUAACUACUCAUUUAAGCAAAAUUUCUAAAGGGUAUAGUUAAAGACCACUGCUUAUUUAUAAACAAACUAAUGUGCUAAUUUAGGAAUCCUAAUUAAAGCAGGCACCUGUAGCGCCUUGGCAACAUCCACAGGACAUACCUGAGAACAGGUGCACUGGAGAGCACUGUGCUGAGCUUUAUGGGUUCAAGACUGAAUCCUGGGAACUAGGAUCAAGAGGCAAGGAGGGAGUGGCCCCAGAGGCCACCUCAAGGGCAUCCAGCCCAUUAGGUAGCUGACCCUAGACUGCACUGGACAGGUGAGCAGGCCUGCCCCUGGGCGUGUGGGGGAACCAGGCAGGGGCAGCAGGAGGGGCUGCAGAGCCUUCAGAAGGCAGUGACACUGAGGCUCUGCUGCGGGCACGCACCAUCUGGGCGGGCGGCUUCACGCUGCCAAUGGCAAGGUGACAGUUCAGUUCUUUCUGAAGGAUAAUCUGUAUCAAGAGCCAUAAAUGCUUUCAUAUACUUCAACUAAGUAAUCCAAUCUAAGGAAGUAAUUCAAAAGAAGAAAAAUAAACCAUUUACAAAUAUAUUUAAUAGCAGCAUUUUUUUAACAUUAAAGAAAAAGUUCAA